GUCAACAUUUACUUACAUUUCUAAGUUAUCAGAAUGCCAUCAGGAAGCUGCUGGUGCGGCGAUGUCAAGUAUGAGUUUAUCGGGGACUCUACACAUGUGGUUUUGUGCCACUGCCUAUCAUGCCAAAAAAUAAGUGGUGGGACAAAUACCGCUAAUAUUCCUGUCGCGCGUGAGAAGCUCACUGUAAUUUCUGGAGCACCAAAAUCUCAUACUCAAAAACAUGAAGAUGGGUUUAAUUUAACAGUAUUCUUUUGUGGCAAUUGUGGUACUGUUAUUUACAAAAAGGCGGAUGCAGAUAUGUUUGCCACUAUCUCUUUGAUCCAAUCAGGAACACUGGAUGGAUCUGCCAAGGAGAAGAUUGGCAAACCAUCAUCGGAGUUGAAUGUGAAAUUGAGGGCAUCCUGGUUAGCAGAAGUUAGUACCGCUGUUCAGAAACAGGGAUUUGUUUAA